AUGUUUUUUCAACGCAUAAGAAGUGUACUGACCUACAGUUGGACGUAUCUGUGGCUUUUUUGGUUUAUACUCAUUGUGCUUCUCGUCUACGUUUUGCGUGGACCGCUGAAAAUCACGGAGUCCUUCGAGAACGCCUCUACUUAUUUUAACAACUUGACCCCAAAAUUCUAUGUGGCCUUGACGGGGACUUCAAGUUUGGUCUCUGGGAUAAUUUUGAUUUUCGAAUGGUGGUACUUUAGAAAUAAUGGCGUUGAUGCAUCAAGCGAUGAAGGAAGUGAUAAUGAGGAUGCCAUUGAAUCGAGCAGAUCAGUACCAGAAUGCAAAGUUUGGCGUAAUCCACUUGGAUUAUUUCGAGGAGCAGAAUACAAUCGAGUAAAAAAGGAACUCGGGCUGGAGCCGCUCACAUAUUACGAUUUGAAUUUAUCAGCUCAAGACCACCAGAGUUUAUUUACAUGUGAUGAAGAUAUUGGGAGACCCGAUUAUGAAAUAAUGCAAGUGGCCUGGCGGGAACGCGAUAGUUUUUCACGGAUCAACGCAGCACACGAGGCUUUGAGCAUAAACGUCGAUUGUGCGCCUGCGAUGAUACUUCUAGCCGAAGAAGAAUGUGAAACAGUUGCAGAUGCAGAAACAAUGCUGAAAAAAGCUCUUGUUGCGGCAGAAGCAGCGUAUUUUCGUUCGCAGACGGCGUAUCAAUAUGGAGACCCAGUCCACAGACGAGAUGGAAUCAUCUGUGCUUACAUUAGAAGGCGAUUAGCGAUGUGCGCAAGAAAGCAAGGUCGAUUACGCGAGGCUAUCAAAAUGAUGCGUGAAAUCGUGAAAUUUCCUUUGUUUGCCGUACUCGGUCUUCAAGAAAACCUGAUCGAGGCGUUUCUUGAAAUGCAGGCUUACGCAGAUGUGCAAGCCCUACUCGUCAGAUACGAUGGAUAUGAUAUUCGAGAGCCCAAGUCAGCCGUUUUAUGUUAUACAUCAGCAUUGUUAAAAACAAGGAACGUCGCUGAUAAAUAUGGCGUUGAGUUGCGAAGAGGAUUAUCCGCGGCAGAACAAAAUGCAGUUGACGCGAUUCGAAGAGCAAUAGAGUUCAAUCCACAUGUGCCUCGUUAUUUGCUAGAAAUGCGACCACUCAUUCUUCCACCUGAACACUAUUUGAGGCGUGGUGAUUCCGAGGCACUCGCAUAUGCAUUCUUCCAUAUUCACCACUGGAAGCGCAUUGAUGGAGCUUUGCAUCUUUUGGAAUGCACGUGGAAAGGAGUAUUCAAUGGGAAUAAUCGUUCGAUGGAUCGUAUGUUUUCAGGCUGGUACUCACAGCAACAGCAGCUAGAAAGUGCAGACAGAGAGCUUCUUCCCGAUUGGCAUGAGGUAUCAGUGUUUCCUCGGAAAGAAAAUCCUCUGUGGGGGCUCGCUCAAACUCUGUUAUGUCUGGCUGCGUGUGCAAUUGCUCUACUCGUACAUAACGCACCGGCAACUACUGUUGAAUUUAUCACAAAUGCCUGGUGGCAAAUUUGGGGCGUUUUUUCAUCAAUUGCUGCAUACAUUUACACAUGGGUACCAGAAAAUCUCGUUAGUUUGCUAGCAUCUCGGCCAACUUCUUUACAAGCCGCUCAACCUAGUGAACAAAUA